AUGAAUAAUGAAGAUACAGAUCCCACGCUAGUAUCUAAUCAACCAAUAUUUAGAUCUCAUGUAAAUUCUUUAAAUAUUAGUAAUAAUAUUAAACAAGCUGAAAAGUCUACAAUUAAUAUUAGACAAGGAAUUUCUACUUUUAUUUUAGAAGCUUUAUUUGGUAAAAGUGUAGGAGAAACAAUAAAACCUGGAAGUACAGCUGAAUUAAUAUAUAAUAUACAAAGGGUUGUACGAUUUCUAUGUGUUCUAUUUUCAUUAUUAGUUAUUUUAUUUAUAAUGGCCUCAAAAAUUAGUAUAAAUAAUUCAAAUAAACGCUUUUUACCUGCAGGAUCAUUAGGGAGAAAUGUGAAAUUUGAUAUAUUAAUGGAUGAAGAAGAACAAAAAAUAUCCAAAAUAGGAAAGAUAGAUAUAAAUUCUAAUAAUCAGAAUAAUGAAGAUUCUAUAUAUAAUAUUAAUGAUAGUAAUUUUAUUGAUAAUCCAGAAUAUUGGGCAGAUAAUGAUGAUAAAGAUUUAUGGAUUGAUGAAGAUGAUGAUUUCUAUGAUAUGGAUAUUUUUAGUUCAGAUGAUGAGAUUAUAGAUUUUGAAGAUAGGAUAAAACAAAAUAUAGAAAUAAAAGAAAAAGAAAAGAAUAUAGAUAGUAAUACUAUUUCUAAUAUUAAUUCUCAAGGAAUUUUACCAGUUAAAAGAUUAAGAUAUAAAGGUAUAGAGGUAUAUAUACCAAGUGUAUUAACAUUAUAUGGACGUGUUAAUGAUUCUGGACCUCAAGUUAAUGGUAAUUAUCAUUUACAAAUGGUUGAAAAGAUUACAAAAUCAAAUAAUAAGAUCUCUAAAGAUUCAAAUAAUGAAUUAACUCCAUUAAUACAUCAUGGAAGAUCAGUUUAUAAAAAAUCUGGAAAUAAUGGAGAACCUGAUAUAUUUUUAUUAUUUGAUGGUAAACAUGAAUUUUGGGUUUUAAAGACAACAUUAGAUGAAGAUAUAAAACCUAUUGCAUUUUUUCCUGAUCAUUCAUUAAUACCUGUUAGACAUAUUGGUCCAUAUGGAGCACAUUCUAAUUCUUCAUGGAUAUUUAGAGAUAAUAAUGGUGUAUAUAAAGAUAAAAGUGUUCGUAUUGUUGAAGAUACUUCAAUUAAUAAUAAUAAGAAACGUGUACAGAUUACAAAAGCUACCCAUAAGUGGCAUGAGGGACAUAAUAAGAAUUCAUCAAUUUUUGAUAAUCAUAAAUAUGAGAAACAAGUACAUAAAACAAACAAAUAUUUUGAUCCAUAUACUUAA